CUGGGGGCGGUCUCUGUGGUAUCUGUGGUACUAGUGGUAUCUACUGAGGGCGAUUAGUCUCAGAGGGUCACAAGAUGACUGAUAAACCCCAAGGAGACCUAUCAUUCAAAGUACUCAACCUUCUGAGUAAAGAGAGAGCCAUCUAUGGACUCCGCAAUGGUGACCAUGAGCGAUACAGACGACACUGUGCAAACAAAAUCCAUCGUCUACGUCAAGUAACUCAUACCACAUGUGGGAAAGGUAAAGUAUACAAAAAACCUUCUCCAUUAACCAAAGAUAGCAUUCAAGAUGUUCGUCACCUACAUUUUAUGUUGUUUUCCGUGGAACGAGCAUUGACUCAUUCUCACCAACUUCGAACUUUAGCUCGGGAUCCCAAAGUACCGAAAGAAACCAAACGUGAUCAGAUUUCUUGGCUUCGACGAGCUCUCAAACUUUCUACUUUCUUCUACGACCUAUCCAUUUCUCUCGUUUCUGAUGGUCGACUCAACAAUCAGACCUUGGCCGAAAUAUCAAUCUACCAUCUUUCCGUCCGUGCGGAACUUUUCUUCGAGAAGAAUCAAUUCCCCGAGGUACUCACGGAUCUGGCAGUUCGUCGCAAUCUCCUCACUGUUUUGAGAGAUGCAGCGAAGGAUUCAUACGAUCAAGCCCUUGCUUCUGAGAGUAUGGACGCUUACGAUCCCAUGAUUCGAUUUGCUGCUUACAAGCUGGGUCGGACGGAGUCGCAUGACAUCGAGGGCGUCGUGAGUGAGGUUGAUGCGGAAAUGAUGGAGGAAACAUUACCUGGGUUUGGUAAACUCGUUGAGAGUUUACGAGCAGAGCUGGGAGCGAAUGAUGUGGAAGAGAAGAGGAAAGUCUUGGAGGAUAUUGAAUUUGCAGGUGAUAAAGUGGAAUUCAGAAGUGCGGAGAUGGUAGGCGUCAUGCUCAAAGUUCAAGACGCUUUGAAAAGGUUGAAGGGGAAAACGGAGAGUGGGAAAGGUAGAAGUAUGAAGGGUUGGGAUAAAGUGUUGGCGGUAUUGGGUGAAGCGGAGGAAGUUGCUAAACGUUUGGUCGAUGAUCAUGAGGCCGCAGCUUCGACAUCUUUGCGUUCUGCAGAAACAUCCAAAUCUCUUUCUUUUGCUCAUCAAUAUAUCGUCUUUCUCCUCCUUUCCCAUCGUAUUCGUCGAGAUCUCCUCCUGGCCGAAUCACUCCGAGGCUCCACCCCUCUUCCGACCGACAUCUCAUCUUUCAAGGUUCCCGGCGGAAGGGCCAAAUUGGCCGAAGCUGUCAAAGGCCUCGGGGCCAUGGUGAAGCUCUACGACACCGUGUUGCAGAGUAUGACGCAGCUACGCUCUCUGGCCAUUGUCGAGGAACGUGAUGAGGUACGAGCGGGUACUCAAGGACUCGAGGAUCACUUUCAUGCUACCAGGUGCUUCCUCCUGGCCCGACUCCACUGUCUCCACCCUCAACCUUCGUACGCCUCUGCUGUACAGCUUCUCUCGCGCGCAGGCUUGUUGCUUCGGCAGGCGAGGGAUGAGUUGUUCAGCGCCGAUGUAUCUCUAAAAGAGGAGAUUAUUCCUUUAUCAAGAGACGAUUUGGCGGACCUCGAGAGGCAAGUGCAAGAACUUGAUAUGGCAGCGAAGAGAGGAUUGUUUGGGGUCAGUGUCGAGAAGCCCUUAUUCUUCGACACAGCGUUUAACUAUGUCGAUCUGCCAAUGGAUGAUCUGAUGAUGCUUGCUGGUAGGAAGGCUUCUUCACCUGCAUCCGGAGUGGAGAGAAUGACAGAGGCAAUUGGAAAUGUAGCGGAUAAGUUGACCGAGGUGAGAAAGGUGGUAUCUGAAAAAGGACAAGAUGUCAUGGGAAGUCAAAGCGAGGAAAGUAAAUCCAAGUCGUGGCUCGGAGGUUGGUUCAAUAGGGGAUAGAGGAUAUGUAGUGGACAGUAUCUCUUAGCAUAUUCAUGCACCCAUACCAUCCU